AUGGCUUUCAAAUCGCUGGACUCGAUUCCACCGGAACUGCUACUACAAAUUGGCGGGUAUUUGACGGCAGCGCUCUUCGCCACCCAGAGUCGCGGGCGAUCGGAGGGUUCGCACCAGGUAGUCCCGUCGUAUUGGAAUGAUCGUGCCGCAUUUAAUUGCUAUGCCAACCUCAGCUCGUUUGCGCGUGUGUCUCGCACAACGUACGACGUCUUGAACCCGGUUUUGUACCGACUUGCAGCCCGAUGGAUGGACCUUGGCCUACCGUCAUCGCCCCUCUCAAUCGGUGCCCUUGUCAACAAGGGGGAGCUAGGCCUCAGAGUCAUGGACAAAUUGAUCGACGCAGGUCUCGUCGGUGAUCUGCUCCGGGAUAGACAGGUAGCCUCUGAGUAUGGCAUUGAUGCCGAACUGGAAACCUUUCAAUGCGAGGGGCGGUAUUAUCCGAGCUCCGUCAGCGUCGAGGUCUUUCCGGGCCGAUAUCAAUCUCUCCCAGUGCGCCCCAAGUCCUACUUCACCAGCGGCAGGGACAGAGACAGUUUCCUGAGACCCAGCAGGGCGAUUAUACCCGAGGACCACCUCUACUUCGAACCUGGCGGAAACCUGAGAUCACCUUGGCAGUCGCACCAGGUGCGUCUUCUGGGGGUGGUUGACAACUUCGUUUGCCAAAAGCAUCAAGACUCUUACAACACCAGACCAAAGGAUAGUCGAUUCGAGGAAGAAUUCAGCUUGAGAGAAAAUCUUCCCGCUUCCUGCUUUCGAAGCCCGCUACACGUUGCCGCUUCAUCGGGCAACCUGAAGGCGCUGAAACGCCUGCUCGAUGCCGGCUUCAAUCCAAACGCCUGGGCAAAUGGCCACUGCCAGUGCACAGAACUGCGACCCUGGUAUACUAGGUUACCGGUAUACACUCGACACAGGGCGAAAGCGGAGCUGCCGUCUUGGAACCCUUUGCAUAGCGCCAUAUGCCACGGAGAGUUCGAGGCUGCCAAGAUGCUAAUCGCAUAUGGUGCAGACGUUUACUGCAUCUCAAAAGGCGCAAUUCAUGAUUCCUCCUCAAUCUCAGCCUUUCAUGCGGCGGCAGGAUUUGGAGACAUCAAGCUACUGGACCAUCUCGCCGAUUUGGGUCUUUGCAGCGACCCUGAGGUGCUUGUCCAGGAUGAUGGCUAUCGCCUCACCCCUCUGCACUGGGCUGUCAUCAAUGGCCACCUAGACACAUCCGCCGCCUGGCUGCUAGCACACGGCGUGGACAUCGACACGAUGAAGAAAACGGCUGUGCUCGGUAUGGAUUGCUCAGUGCUGGCUCUCGCUUUGAGAUAUGAAUGCUUUCACGAUGCUAGCAGACUCAUUGAUAUGGGUGCCACCGUAACUAAAAUGGCAGAAACCAGAGGCUCCCACUCUUCGCUACACGAGGCGUGCAGGCGACGGUCUAUCUACACGGGACCUCCAGUGGACGAAGUGAAUAACACCCGGACCUACCAGCCGCCGCCUCUCGUAGAAUCCCAGCAACGGUCACGAGUCGACGACCGCUCCGAAGAGGCCCGAGUGGACAUCGUCAAGAAGCUGAUUGCCGAGGGCUGUGACCUCGAAUCCCGAGACUCGUCAUAUGGUCAAACGGCAGUUGGUUUAGCAAUCGAAUACUGCCUUCCACGCACCGUGGCCUGCCUACUGGCAGCUGGGGCGUCAAUUGACCCCAAAGAGGUUUGGGAAGCAUUCUCAAAGGCGUAUCAUUUCAUCUCGCCUGACGGGUCAGGGCUGCAGACUUUAUCUGUCGUUGUCGAUCAUUUCAGAGAUCAAGAUGCCUACUUUCCGGACAAGGUGCUUGACUGGCUGAUAGGUACUCAGCCCGAGACCGUUUGGCGAGAUGUGCAAGUCGCUCGCGAAGCGAUUAGAUGGAUGAUUGCCAAAGGUGCCAAUUCUCAGCCGCGACAGUUGGCUAGUGGGACCAUGGAGUUCAAUAAGCUUUACGUAUUGGCUGCAUCCUUGGACUUUGAAUCGGCUGAAAUUCUUUCACGCAGUCAGAUCGGUCUGUCUGUGGAUCACGUCGAGGAACUAGUCCAAUCUUUAUCUUUGAAGUUCGCACAGGAUGAUAAUAUUGCUGAUUUAAUCUCCGCCCUUGACGUCAACCGCCAUUCAUGGAAAGAAUUGACAUCGCCAACUCUACACAAAUGUCUUGAUGCUCUCGUUCGCGGUUGGGGUUCCAAGGAACUAGCAUUCAAGCAAGGUCAAGCUUUACUUCGCUUCCUCGAGUAUGCUGAAGACUGGUUCAGUUCCUUACCGCCCGACGAACUGUUCAAAUUGCUUGAGACCGCACUUGAACAGUUAUCUUGGGCAUUGAGUCGUUAUGAUAAGACGAGGCCCAAAUGCCUGGUACCUGACCCGGCGAUCAUUCACAGGCUUGUGCAAAUACUUUGCAAGGCUGGUGCGAUUACUGGAUGCCGUGCUCGCCCCUUCCUUACCCUUAUGAGUGUUUGCGCAAAUAGUGAUUUGUGGGCAUAUGAUGACGUCGCCCCAGUAAUUAACAGUCUCAUACAACACGGAGCAGACGUCUUCGAAUCUUGCGAUGAUCAUGACCAUCAGGAGACAGAUGAUCUGCCCAUACAGACGGUAAUAGUGCUCAAUUGCUACAAAUUUUGGCACGCCAUUUUGUCGGCGUCGCCUGACCUGCUGAAAAGGGAUGGCAAAAUAAGAGCGCAACUCCUACACGACGCCGCAUGGGGGCUGGGCGAAUUCCUCCAGGGAAGUCAAGAUGCAAAAAGUGAUGCGCACGCCAUACAAGGGACAAACUCCUUUUUGAGAAUCAUAUGUUCAUUGCUCCAGAAUGGGGCAGACCCGACUGAGCGCGACGACAAGGGCAAGGUUCCGCUGCAGUUCAUUCUCAUCGCGGCCUUGAAGAGGCCACAGAACCGGAUCUUCGGAGCACCUCUCGACGGUCACGUCCUGGCAAGAAAGUCGCUUCCCCUCGCGUUGCGGCUCCUGUGGCACCCGUCGCUUGCGGAGCACGUCAUCCCAGCCAUCGAGUGGCGGUACGGCUAUGAAUGGAAUCCCGGAGAGGACUUGAGGUCCAUGUUUGUCGAUGACGGCCGAAAAGGUUGGUGGAACGCCGUGCGGGACUUGACCGUGGCCGAGUGUCUGCGAAUCCUGCUCUCGGGAACGAUCGACGAAUCCGAGUUUGUGCCCGUCAACAUCUGCACGGAGCAGUACGAGUUUGCAGACGAGUCGAGGAGGAUCAUUGCCAAAAGCCUGGCGCAGACUGUCCGGGUGUGGGAGGAUGAGGAUGAUGGCGGCCGGCUCAAGGCUGAGAUGCUGCCGAUGGAAUGGGCUGGGUUGGGUGUAGAUGUUGGUAGUGGGUGA